GUAACAGCGAUGGCUGACAAGGAGAAGCGCCGGUCCGGGAUGCCCGCGGGCAAAACCACCAAAUCGGACGGCGACAGGGAGUUUCUAACGCAGGCGGGCGUGGGAGAGCUGCUCCGCGGGGCCAUCCUGAAGAUGGUCGAGGCCAGGUCGGACGACCCCAUCGGAUUCCUGGCCGACCACUUCUGCAACCUCGCCUCGGCGUCGGACGGCGGCGCCGCUGGAUGCGGAGACGAGGAGCCGCCGAGCGGCGCAUGCGCGCAGGAGCAGCAGCACCUGAACCGGGCGCUGUGGCACCUGCGGCUGGCGCACCACUCCCAAAGAUCAGCAUUCGGCAACAAUGUUCUCGUAGCUUAUGACCUCCUGAACCUCACUGGACAUCAAGCAGAUGAACCUCCAGAAGGGCCUGAUGGCUUCUGCCCCGACGGCCCCCCUGGAGGAGGAGGAGUAAGAGGAGGCCUCUACACACAGACUCUGCAGUGCCUGUGCAGUGAGGGCGGGGUUCCCGCCUCCACCUCGGCCCCGCUCCUCCGCCGCCUCCAUUGCCAGGAUCACGAGGCCGUCCCUUACGAUGUCUUCCGUCACGGUGUGCUCACGUGUGCCGUUUUCUCAGACUACAUCCGGCAGGCUCAGAGGCUUUAUGCUGAGGUGUGCUGCCCGGACGAGGGCCCCGCCUCGCGGGCUCUGUGCCUGGCUGUGCUGGGGACGUUAAAGGAAGCGCUGGAGACUUCCCAGGGCUGUGAUUCAAACUGCUGUGUUAACGCUAACACUAAAGCAAUUGCUUGUCUGGAGGGCAGUGUGAAGGCUAUCCGCUACUUGCAGGCCAGUGCCAAGAUCUCUCCCUACAACUUAGCUCAGGCCUUGGCAGGAGCACACACACGGGGGCCCGGCGGCAACAUGGACGCAAAGGAGUUUGAGAAUGCUGCUGCAGAGCUGUUCAUCACUCGAGUGAAAGUCGUGUCAUAACUUUUUUGUAUCUGGGAUGUUAGUAUAUCUUUUUAGCAAUUAAUUAAUUUUUGUUACCUCUUACAUAUUGCUUGUUUGCACAAAUGUGCACAAAUGCAUACAUAUAAUAAUAACACAUUCAGACAUCUUCUCCUCUGCCAACUAAUAUCAAACCCAUUAAGCGCCUGGAAGGCAUACAUAAUAAUAUGGCUCACACUUUUCCAAUAAUAUUUAAUUCAUAAAAAACAUUGAUGGUUUUUACUGUCGUGCAGACCUCAUCAUGACAUACUCAGAUUAAAAAGUAACUGUCUUUUCUCUGCAUCUGUUGAAAUUGUGAUUGCUGUAACAAUUAUUUCUAUUUUAAUGUCUCACUUUCAUGUUUUUGAGUCGAUUACAUUCUGGAAAAAAAAAACAUGCAGAGCCACACAGAAGAAAACAUUCACUCUAAUGUGAAACGUUUGAUCUCAAGUAGCCUAUACCAUACACUGAAAAACUGGAGCAACAGUAGCUUGCAGAAAAGGAUAAGAGCAAUACAAAAGUUAUGAUGUAUGAGACCAAAAUACUUUAUUGUGAUCGAUAAAAGAACUGCACAAAAUAAAAACAAC